UUGCUUGGGAGCCGAGGAGGGCGUGGAGGUAGGUGUCGAUGGGUGAUUGAGUUGGCCUGGCCGAGGUUCUCCUUCGCAACCGGCGACUGUCCAUCCGUGCCUGCCUGGAGCUAGAAGGUCGGCUAGCUGGUUGUCGGUUCGGUGCUCCAUUGCUCCUCCCUGGGAUGCCGCCGGGGCUGAGGGAGAAGCUGUGCACGGGGCGACGGAGCUCCGAGUGCGGGCUGGGAGAGGAACGCCGAGCAAGCUCGUCCCAGGAGGCGGCCUCGGGAUGGAGCAGCAGCGCGCUCGCACCCAGUGAUCGGGAAGGGGGCGGGCCCCGCCAGCCGGGACAAGGCUGUGGGGGACCGAGGAAGUGAGGGCUGAAGGGGCUUCGGUCGUGGCUGACCCCGCCGUGGGGCGGCGGCAGAAGCAGCAGCAGCGGAUGGAGCCGGCCGGGGAAGGCGGGGAUUCCUGCUUGGAACGUCUGAAGAAUUCUCUACCCGGACCCGCGGACCUCAUCGGGGCAGCCAGCACUCUGGAGCGGAUCCUGAGGGAAUCGGUCUGUCAGCGGCAGGGCUGGCUACGGGUCUACGAUGUGAAAGGACCUGCAACUCAUAGACUAUCUUGUGGCCAGUCCCCUGAUUCAGAAACUAUAAUAUGGGAGACAAAGUAUUGUAUUCUGACCAACAGCCAGCUUGUGUUGCUGAACAAGGAAAAGGAGGUGGCUGUCGAGGGAGGACAAGAACAGACAGCAGAGCCUACCAAAGGGCGUUGCCUGCGGCGUACUGUGAGUGUUCCUUCAGAGGGUCAGUUUCCUGACUAUCCACCAGAGGGAGCUACUAAGCUUGAGGUUCCACCAGAGAGAUCUCCUAGAAGACGGAGCAUCUCAGGAACGAGCAAUCCCACAGAUACAUCAAAUACAUCUCCUUUCCGAGUACCAGGCUUCUUUAGUAGACGGCUUAGAGGCUCAAUCAAAAGAACAAAGAGCCAAUCUAAGCUGGAUAGGAAUACCAGCUUUCGUCAUCGGGCUACUGAUGACAGGUCCCGUGGCUUACCAAAGCUGAAACAAUCAUUUUCCCAUGAAUCCUUGCUCAGUCCAGGAGGUCCUAUUGAGACAUUAGAUCUUGGGACAGAUGAGAAAGUCUUUGUCAUGCCACUUCAUAGCAGUAUAAUUGGACGAGACUUCUGCUUUGAGAUAUCUUGCUCCAGUUGUAGUAAAUGCUUCAGUUGCUCUUCUGCUGCUGAAAGAGACAUUUGGAUGGAGAAUAUACGGAGGGCUAUCCAGCCUAAUAAGGAUAACUGCCGACGAGAUGAGAACGUGUUGCGUCUUUGGAUCAUUGAAGCCAAAGGUUUGGCCCCCAAGAAGAAGUAUUUCUGUGAAAUAUGCCUGGAUGAAAUACUAGUUGCCCGAACUACCAGUAAAGCAAAAGCUGACAAUAUUUUCUGGGGUGAACAGUUUGAAUUCUCUGGACUUCCACCCACCUAUAGCAUUACUGUCCACAUCUAUAAGGACACUGAAAAGAGAAAGAAAAACUAUAAGAAUAAUUAUGUUGGUCUGGUCAGCAUUCCCAUAGCUACUGUAACCGGUCGACAAUUUGUGGAAAAGUGGUACACCAUCAGCACUCCCACAGCCAAUAAGGGGAAGUCUGGAGUGCCAUCCAUCCGGAUCAAGUCACGAUACCAGACUAUCAUCGUCCUUCCUAUGGAAAAAUACAAAGAGUUUGCUGAAUUUGUAACCAACAAUUACACUGAAUUAUGCUCUGUUUUGGAGCCAGUGAUAAGUGUCAGAAACAAAGAGGAGAUGGCCUGUGCUAUGGUGCACAUUCUUCAGAGCACUGGCAGAGCAAAGGACUUCUUGACUGAUCUGGUGAUGUCUGAAGUUGAUCGCUGUGGGGAUCAUGAUGAGUUGAUCUUCAGAGAGAAUACACUUGCCACCAAAUCCAUUGAGGAAUACCUCAAGUUGGUGGGGCAGAAGUAUCUGCACGAUGCACUAGGUGAAUUUAUCAAGGCAUUAUAUGAAUCAGAUGAGAACUGUGAAGUGGAUCCCAGCAAAAGUCCACCAGGUGAAUUAGCUGAUCACCAGGCAAAUCUCAAAAUGUGUUGUGAGCUAGCCUUCUGCAAAAUCAUCAAUACCUACUGUGUCUUUCCUCGGGAGCUGAAGGAGGUGUUUGCAUCAUGGAAACAGCAGUGCCUCAAAAGGGGAAAGCAGGAUAUCAGCGAACGUCUGAUCAGUGCCUCGCUUUUCCUCCGGUUCCUUUGCCCAGCCAUCAUGUCUCCAAGUCUCUUCAACCUCAUGCAGGAGUACCCUGAUGAUAAUACCUCUCGUGCACUAACACUAAUUGCAAAGGUUCUCCAAAACUUAGCUAAUUUCACAAGAUUUGGAAACAAAGAAGAAUAUAUUAUCUUUAUGAAUGGCUUUCUGGAGCAUGAAUGGGGAAAUAUGAAAUGCUUCUUGGCAGAAAUUUCUAAUGAGGACACCAUUUCUAAUAAGCCAGGAUUUGGAGGAUACAUAGAUCUGGGAAAGGAGUUUGCUGUCUUGCAUUCCUUGCUGUGGGAAGUUGUCUGUCAGCUGGACAAGGGUGAAAAUUCCUUCCUACAGGCAACAGUAGAAAAAUUGGGACCUUUGCCACGCAUCCUCACCGACAUCGCGAAGGCUACAACAAACCCUAUGCCAAUCCAGCAACAGCUGAGACGUUUGGCAGAUCAUAAUUCAAGCCCCAAUGUCAGUCUCUCUUCUGGGCUGCAAAAAAUAUUUGAAGACCCUGCUGACAGUGAACUCAAGUUGAAGUCUGCCCCUCCAGAAAAUGAAGCGUAUCUCAAAGGCAAAUUGCUCUUGAUGCAGCAGACCUCAUCCCGCAGCGUGACUUAUUCAGAUCAAGGUGAUGAGACCAAUCUGCCCAAUGUCCGAAGCAUAUCACUGAUGAAUCUCCAGGAUCCCAAUGUCACACAGUGUGAAUCUGGAUCCAUGAUGCACGAUGCCCCUGUACGUUUAUCUGGCAGCCAGAUUUCAGUCAUCCAGGUGGCAAAUAUCAAGCAGCUCCAAAGAACACCACAGACUGCCCCCCAAAUCAGGAGACCUCUUCACUCAGCACUAAACCAGCAAGGCACUCUUCAGGCCCUUUUUUUCCAGAAUCCAGUUUAUCAUCUCAACAAUUCUCCUCAGCCAAUGCCUAAAAUGUCCAUGGAAUCUAGCCUGGAUAACCUGAGUGUCACCAGUUCCCGAAGCCAGAAUAGUGAAGACCUUAAACUCAGUGUGCCUAGCAAUAGCAGCAUGGAGGAUUAUGCCAAACGCAGCAUCCAGAAUGAAGAUUUUUCUGGGCGGGGCCCCAUACAGGACAAACAAGCUAUGCCACCUCAUCAGAAUAGCACUCUGCAGACCCAAAUCCACAAAAUGGACCAAGCAGGGCCCAGUGCAAUGGUCAUGGCACCCCACUCACUUCCCCACAGUGCUUCUCUUCGAAGUACAGGCAGCAUGUCUGUAGCAUCUGCCACGAUGGCAGUGGAACCUCUUCAGGAGGGGAAUCAGUCCCGGCAGCAGUCUUCCUCUUCCAGAGAAAGCCCAGUUCCCAAAGUGCGAGCCAUUCAGCGGCAGCAAACGCAACCGAUGCAGUCCCCUGUAGACUCUGCUACUAUGUCACCCGUGGAAAGGACAGCUGCUUGGGUCUUAAACAAUGGACAGUAUGAACAAGUGGAGGAAGAUGCAGAGCAAAAUCAGGAUGAAGCCAAUCAUACAGAAAAGUAUCAGCAAGAGAUAGCCAAGCUCAAGGAUCGCCUGAAGGCAUCCAGUCGCCGGCUGGAGGAAUACGAGCAGCGUCUCCUAGUGCAGGAACAGCAAAUGCAGAAACUCCUACUGGAGCACAGAUCGAUGCUGGAAGACAGCAAGGAACGGCUGCGAAAGCAGCAGGAGGAGAAGGACAGCCAGAUGAAGAGCAUCAUCAGCAGAUUAAUGGCUGUGGAAGAGGAAUUAAAGAAAGACCAUGCAGAAAUGCAAGCAACCAUUGAUGCUAAGCAGAAAAUAAUUGAGGCACAGGAGAAAAGGAUCCUCUCCCUGGAUUCAGCCAACACAAGGUUGAUGAGUGCCCUAACUCAAGUGAAGGAACACUACAGCAUGCAGGCCCGGAGCAGCGUCUCUCCUACUAAUCCCCCCAGGCUUUCCAUCACAGAGAAUGGAGAAUUUAGGAACAGCAACUGCUAACUUCAAGUUCUCCCACCAACAAAUUGUCAUCUUCAUUUCUCAUGCCCACUCCAAGCCAAC